AUGCCGAGCCACAAUGCCGCUGAGCUGAGUCUGGAGCAGGGCUGCCUACUUUGGGGUUACAAGGUGGUGAUCCCACGAAGUAUCCGGUCCAGGGUCCUGCAGUUGCUGCAUGCGGGGCCUAGCGUGGAAAAGACAAAGAUGGUGGUCCGGUCCCACGUUUGGUGGGCUGGACUGGACCAGGACAUCACUCACAUGGUGCAGAGCUGCCAAGUCUGCCAGGAACAUCAAUGGGCCUCGCAUCAUGUGGAGAUCACCCCAUGGCCAUUCCCACAGAGGCCCUGGUCCCGCCUUCACAUCGAUUUUGGGGGCCCCUUCAAAGGCCACUACUUCCUGGUGGUGGUUGACACAUUUUCAAAGUGGGUGGAAGUUCUACCUGUCACCACUCCGUCAGUAGGUGCGACCAUGGCAGCACAGCGGCAGGUCUUUGCCGCCCAGGGGCUGCCGGACAUCAUAGUCUCCGAUAGUGGGCCCGCUUUCACCAGCGCACAGUAUCUGGCCUGGCUGACAAAGAACUGA